AUGGAGAACGGAACUGCUUCUCAAGGUGAAGGAAGAGAUCCCUCGGGAUUCCUGGCUGAGAUCAUCGGAAAUCCAGUCACAGUCAAGCUCAAUUCGGGCGUUGUUUAUAAGGGAGAACUGCAAUCUGUUGAUGGCUACAUGAAUAUUGCCUUGGAAAAGACGGAGGAAUAUGUCGAUGGGGUAAAGCGCAGGACGUAUGGAGAUGCGUUUGUGCGAGGAAACAACGUCAUGUACAUCUCAGCCGACUCAUGA